AAAGAUCUGAUCUGAUUUCAUUUAUUAUUUACUCUAUUAUAUUUUAUGAAUAACGAUACUUCUACCUUACAAUCCCAGCAAAUGGAAUCCGUUCAACAGCAACAGCAGCAGCAACAACAACAACAACAACAACAACAGCAACAGCAACAGCAACAUAAUAAUAACUCUCAGGUCCUUCAACAUCAACAAUUGGAACAGCAACAACAACAAACAAAUUAUACAGAGCCAGUUAUUAAAACCGAGAAUGAGGCCCAAACCGGCGAUACUUCAACAACGACGAAGGAAACCGACAAAAAAAAGAGAGCCGGUCCUAAAAGACGAAAAGUUACUCAUGCAUGCGUAUACUGUCGACGAUCUCAUAUGACCUGUGAUGAUGGUCGUCCUUGUCAACGUUGCAUCAAGCGUAGCAUAGGACAUCUUUGUCACGAUGAGCCAAAGGGUUCUCAUGGCGUUCAACAGAUGUCUAGCGGACACAAUGCUUUACCAGCUGGUAUUUUAGCAAUGCAAUCGCUUCCUCAAGAAGUUAUGAGAUCGAAUGCUUAUAAUAAUUUAGCUAUGCAAGCAUUUACAUAUUCACAAUUACCGACAACGCCUCUUACCUUUGCUAGUGAACACAUGGGACAUGAAUUCACUGUGAUUACUGACUUUUUGGAAAACGUGGAUGGGAAUACACAGAAUCAACAAAGUUCUGAUGGAAAUUUGAUAGACAUUAGUACUGAGAAAUUUCUUUUGACAGCUGCUGAUCCAUCUGAUGGCCCUUCAGAAGAGCGACUAACUCAGGUGAUCAACGCAAAGUUUGAAGCUGGAAUUUUGAAGCCAUAUAAUUAUGUUAGCGGAUAUACACGACUACAAAAAUAUAUGGAAAAUAAUAUGACAAGUGUAAGUAGACAGCGGAUUUUGAAUUCACUUGGAACUUUUCGACCGACGUUUCGCAAUGUCGCUCAAUCUCUAACGGAUAUAGACCUGGUUUUAGUAGAAGAAGCCUUUGAACGGCUCUUAUUGGGCUACGAUAGGGUAUUCAGUUCCAUGGGAAUUCCUGCUUGUCUAUGGCGCAGGACAGGUGAAAUUUAUAAGGGAAAUAAAGAAUUUGCUUUACUUAUAGGAGUACCUAUUGAAAUGCUUAGAGAAGGAAGACUCUGCAUAUAUGAGUUAAUGAUGGAGGAAUCAGCCGUGAAUUAUUGGGAGAAAUACGGUAACAUAGCGUUUGAUGCUGGACAGAAAGCAGUUCUAACAUCCUGCUUACUAAAAGGACCGGAUCAAGAUAUGCAGAAUGUUAUUUCUUGUUGCUUUUCAUUUACAAUCCGUCGUGACAAGUAUAAUAUGUCUGCAAUUAUUGGAAACUUUCUUCCGAUUCGACUUUCCACAUAAUUUUAUUUAUUUUUCUAGUUUUUAUUUUAUUUUUAUGAUUUUGGGUUUGUUUGUACUCUUGGAAAGGAAAAAUAUUGAUUAUUAUAAUAAUAAAUAUAAUAAGAUAUAUAUACAUUCUUGAAUGUUAAAA